UAUAUGUCGCCGUCGCUAUGUGCCAUUCAACGACAUCGACAUCAUCGACAAUCGGCAUGCUAAAAUCCCACGAGAUCCCAAUUUCCCAAACAAGACAUCCCGAAAGAAGAUUGGGAAGUGAGCUGUGGUUCGGCAGGAACUUUGAAUGGGAUUUCGUCAACAACCCUUCACCGGAGCCGCUUCGGUCUUAACUGGAAAACCAUGCAGGCUGAGAAGAUCUGAGCACGGGCCACUCUCCUAGGAAGAGGGGUCACUCCGAAUGAAGGAAGAAGCAAGAGAUACUGGUGUCUUCCAGACAUCGCGUACCAGCCUCUCGGAUUCACAACCUGAAGAGAUGCAGCUCUCCUCACAGUUCAGUGGUCAGCUCGUGAGAGUAAAAUUAGAACCACCCGAUGCUGCAUGCCUACCAGAUGAGGGCCAGACACAGCAACAGCAUUGCAACGAGUCUUCAUCAGGAGGUGAUGCUGAUGGAGCAACAGUUGGGAUGUGCCACAUUACAGACGAACCUCUAGAGGAUUCUUCAAAUGAACCUACAAUCAUACAUGUCAAAACAGAACCUUACAAUCUUGCGCUUUUGGCAGAACAAGAGCAAAUGGAAUACAGCUGUCACUCAACGUCAGAAGGAGCAAGAGAGAGCACUGGUAUGCUCCAUAUUCAAGACCAGCCCAGUGGCACUUGUGAUCAAGCAUCGUCAACUUGCAGUUUUUCAAAUGCACAGCUCAAGAUCAGCACAACAAAAGUUGAACCGCAAUUCGGCAACACUGCACUAGUCACUACGGGGCGUCGACCCAUGGAACGACCUCAACAACAGAACGAGCCGUGUGCGUGCACAUUGGAAGCCAGUGUGAAAUGCCACAUGUUCGCACAGUGUCGCCAUGAGUCUGACAAGAGUCUAGCUACUCUGCCAUUGGACGUUCAGGUGGGGGAGGAGAGUUUUAGGUGUGACAUGUGUCCCUCUGCAUCCUCGCAGUCUGUGAGCGAUGAGAACCAUGUGUUGAAUCACACUGACAAGAAGCCAUGCAAGUGUGACCUCUGUCCUGCAGAGUUCACCCGUAGUGCAGACUUGCAGCGUCACAAGAGGACGCACACUGGUGAGAAGCCAUACAAGUGUGAUCUCUGUCCUUCAGAGUUCACCCGGAGUGCAGAUGUGCAGCGUCACAAGAGGACGCACACAGGUGAGAAGCCAUACAAGUGCGAUAUCUGCCUUACGGAAUUCAGCCGGAGCACAGACAUGCAGCGUCACAAGAGGAUGCACACAGGCGAGAAGCCAUACAAGUGCGAUAUCUGCCCGGCAGAGUUCACCCAGAGUGGGCACCUACAACAUCACAAGCGGACACACACGGGCGAGAAGCCAUACAAGUGCGGUCUCUGUCCUGCAGAGUUCAUCCAGAGCACGCACCUGCAGAAUCAUAAGAAGAAACACAUUGGUGAGAGGCCAUACAAGUGUGAUAUCUGUCCUGCAGAGUUCAUCCAGAGCUCAGACCUGCAGCGUCACAAGAAGACACACACGGGUGAGAAGCCAUACAAGUGCGAUCUCUGUCCCGCAGGGUUCAUCCAGAGGACACACCUGCAGCUUCAUAAGAAGAAGCACAUGGGUGAGAGACCGUACAAGUGUGAUAUCUGUCCUGCAGAGUUCAUCCAGACUUCAGACCUGCAGCGUCAUAAGAGGACGCACACAGGUGAGAAGCCAUACAAGUGUGAUAUCUGCCCUGCGAGGUUCAGCCAGAGUGGGAACCUACAGCAUCACAAGCGGACACACACUGGCGAGAAGCCAUACAGGUGCGAUGUCUGCCCCGCGGUGUUCAGCCGCAGCACGCAACUACGGGAUCACAAGCGGACACACACUGGCAAUAAGCCAUACAAGUGAGAUGUUUGUCGUGCGAAGUUCAGCCGGAGUGGCCACCUACAAGGCCACAAGCGGACAUACACGGGUGAGAAGCCAUACAAGAGCGAUAUCUGUCCUGUGGAGUUCAGCCAGGAUGGGCAUCUACAAUUUUACUAGCGGGCACACAGGGGCCAGGAGCCAUUCAAGUGCAAUGUCCGUCUUGCACAAUGGGGACUGUUUGCGGAGUUGGACGCAAACAAGUGGCACAACGAAUGUCGUGCAGUGCAGUUUCUUAAAGAUUGUGAAUCAGAGAUGCGCCUGGACUGGGAUGCCCUCUUGUCAGGUUUCUGGAAUUUUAGGAGCAAGAGAAAGCAAUGGUACGUUCCAUAAUUAAAGACCAGCCCAGCGGCAUUUGUGAUCGAGCAACUUCAAGUUACGGUUUUUCAAAUGCACAGCUCAAGAUCAGCACAACAAAAGUUUACAUCUGCAGUUUGACAACACUGCACUAGUCAGUGGGUGGUUGGCCCACAGAACGACCUCCGCACCAGAGCAAGCCAUGUGUGUGCACAUCUAAAGCCAGUGUGAAAUGCUAAAUGUUUGCACAGUGUCACCGUGUCUGAAAAGUAUCCGGGUACGCUCCAUCAGAUGUGCAGGUGAGAAAGGAAAGUUUUGGUUGCCACGUCUUUCCCUCUACAUCCUCACAGUUUGUGAGCCAAGAGAACCAUGUGUCGAAGCAUUCUGAUGAGAAGACAUUCAAGUGUAAUCUCUGCCUGCAGAGUCCUGUCAGAGUUUGGAGCUCCAGCGUCACAAGAAGGCACACACGGGUGAGAAGCCAUCCAAGUGCAAUAUCUGCCCUGCGGAGUUCAGCUAGAGUGGGCACCUACAGCAUCACAAGCGGACACACGCGAGCGAGAAGCCAUACAAGUGCGAUCUCUGUCCUGCGGAAUUCAUCCAGAGCGCACACCCUUUUUCAUAUCAGCUGCGAGGCGGAGUGCUCCGUUUGUUUGUGUGGAGCUCCAUUUUGCACUCCAUGGUUCCGAAAAUCAGCGUCAUUUGGCUGAAGUGAGCAAUACUGAGCGUCUAAUUCCGAUGUCAACAAUUGGGCUGAUAUCAUAUGACAAGAUUCAAACCCGGAUGCCUCCCAGUCAUCACGUGAUAUGGCCAGCAUGCCAAAGUAGUAAUGAAGUACGGCAGCCCAGUCGUUCGAACAAUUUGAAGGUGACAAAAGAUUACUCAUCGCGCACCUGCGAUUCCGGAACUAUAGAGCCGGAUACUCAUUCGCACUUGCGCUGUGCUGCGUGCGAUAUCUAAACUGAACGCAUUUCUUUUCUUCAACCGUUUUUAAUAGAAUAAGACUCACAUUCUUCUAGUCAAUUUCCGCAAGUGAAAUAAAAAUAAAAAGAUAAACGUAUGUCUGGCUCAUUAAAGUCUGUUUCUCAGUCA